UUCAGAUCUUUAAAAGCUGGUGCUUUGCUGUGUCUCUCUCGAUCUCCAUUUGUCUCCUCUGGCACUGCAGGGGACUCAACCGGCAAAGCACCAAGGAAAGCUACUGUAUAGAAACGGGAAGAAGACUGAGGAAAGGGGAGAGAAAGGGAGAGAGUGAGGGAGAAAUAUACAUCCAGAAAUAGCAUCAGCCACAUUUAACUGACAGAGAGGGACAGAGUGGAGAACCUGAGACCUGGACAGAAAAUGCCUAUCCUUUCUAACUUAACAACCGUUGUUUUGUUGCUGAUUGCUCACUGCGGAUCAUGGACCGGGGCAAGCCGCUUGGGCCCCUUCAAGGUCUGUCCCUCCUGCAGGGAUCCACUGGGGGCAGGUCGGCCCCCCAGGGACCAUAAUGUUGCCGGCAGCACGUCAGUGUUGGCCCAGGGAGAGCCCUGUGGUGUGUACACUCUGAGCUGUGCCAAGGGGCUCCGCUGUGUGCCCCCACCAAGGGAGCACAGCCCCCUUCAGGCUCUGUUGCAGGGAAGGGGCAUUUGUGCCAAGCACAGCAGGACUAGUCCCACUGAGAGGCCCCACCCCACAGGUCCCCAUCCCUCACACAGUGGUGACAUUGAAAAAGCACCCUGCCGCAAGCUGCUCAAUAGUGUCCUGAGGGGUCUGGAGCUGACAAUCUUCCAGUCUGACCGUGACAUCUAUAUACCCAACUGUGACACUCGUGGCUUCUACAGGAAAAAGCAGUGCCGCUCCUCCAAGGGCAUGCAGCGUGGCCACUGCUGGUGCGUGGAUGAACUCGGCACGCCCGUGCCCUCACGUGCCAGCGAAGAUGGUACUUUACCAUGCGAUGGGGAGUGAGGGAUGAGUGUGUCCUAUUGCUCUGAGCCUGGAGGAAGAGGAGAAGGUGGUGGAGGAGGAGGAGGAGGUGGUGGAGGAGCAGGAGCGCAGGGAGAGGGGGUGGCUUUAGCAUGUGCUAGACACUGCCUGGACAGGAGGUAGCAGGGAUAAACCACUUCCUAUGGAAAACACACACCAGUUAACGUUCAUGUCCCUCUCUAGAAGCAAGACACACACACUCUCACAGUCCAGCAGCAGCGACAAUAACAUCUGCCUGAAUGUUCAACAGUUGCAGCAACGUCCUCUGCGUCGUCCGGUGACAUGCUGCAUGCUCACAUUAAUGCUCCGUGAACUGCCUCAGUGAUCCAAGCGGUAUUACUCCGAAUGAUCUCUAUAUUCCCUGGCUCUUGUCCUGGCUUUCUGGUAGAUUUUGAGUUUCCUUUUUACUUUAGGAUAGCUGACACUGCCUGUGUUUGUUCUGAUCUCAGUGGGCUGAAAUACUGUUACGCAGGUGAUGUGACACAAAUGUUUGAAAAACGUGUCUCCCUCACCGUCCUCUCUCCCUCUCUCCAAAGAUACACUGAUAUCAACGUACCUAAUUGACAGAAUAUUUCUUUUUCUAUUAAUUUAUUUUUGUGUUUCCAUCAAGUACUGCUUGAAUCUUACUAUAUAAAUGUCAAGUCAGAAAAAAUAGUCUUACGAAUAUGAAUGCUUCUGUUCAUUUUAUUUGUCAAAAUGGCGUUCUGACUGCUUAUUAGUUGAUUGUUUGUACAUAUGUUGGAAUUUUGUGGUCGACUGUGUGUUCUGAAGUGGCAGACAAAAAGCUUACGGCUGUUACCCUUUUCAAAAAGUUGUAAGGCAUAUUUUUAUACACGUCAAUAUAAUAUUUUAUAUAUGAAUUGUUGGUUUAUUUAAUGAACUACAGUACAAUGCCAUGUAUUUUUAUAUUGUCAGCAGUUUCUUAUUUAAAGACAGAGAUUAUUUUAUUUCAUGUUAGGGAGAAGUGUUGUGCUUUAAAGGCACCUUUAUGGCAAAACUCAUCACACUCAUCAGAGCUCUAUUCAACUGCUGCACAUCUUUAUGGUUAUAUCUCAUGUUUUUAAGUUCAUUUUUUAUUUAUGCUUUGUUUAUUUGAGAAUUGAGAAUGUCCAUGUUACUAUUAUGUUUUAUUUUUGGCACAUCAUACGACAAAUUCUGAUUUCAGUAGAGAAAAAAAAAGAUCAAAUUUGUUAUUGUUAUGUCUUUCCCAAGUCCUUGCAAAAGUCAUGAAAUUGUGUGCUAUUAAAGUGUGAUUAGAAUUUAUCUAUUUCUGAACAAUCUUGUUGUGCCAAUGUGUGUGCCGUGAUGAUAGGUCCAUGCACAAAGGACCUGUAAGAUUUGCAAAUAUGAAAAUAAAACAUAAUGAUAAUAAAAAUGGA